GACAUCUGUGAGGAUAUAUCGGACCAUGUGGAGCAGAUUCACGCUCUGCUGGAGACCGAGUUCUCCCUGAAACUGUUGUCCUACUCUGUCAACAUCAUCGUCGACAUCAGGACGGUGCAGCUGCUGUGGCAUCAGCUCAGAGUCUCAGUUCUGGUGCUGAAGGAGCGUCUGCUGCAAGGUCUGCAGGACUCCAACGGAAACUACACCCGACAGACCGACAUCCUGCAAGCAUUCAGCCAGGAGCAGCAGCAGGAUCGCCUUGACGCUCUGACCGAGGUGGACGACUGCGGUCAGCUGACCAUCCGCUGCAGCCAGGACUACUUCUCUCUGGAUUGUGGCAUCACCGCCUUCGAGUUAAGCGACUACAGCCCCGACCACGAGCCCGAGGCCCGGGAGCCGGAGCCAGAAGGCGAGGGUCCCUCCCAGGAGCCCGAUUAUACCCGAGACCCGGACCCAGAACCAGAGGAGGAAGACUACAAACUCCACACCAUGAGAGUGUGA